UGCAGCGCGCGCGCCCGCCGUGUCUCACCGUCUGACAGCGCCCGUCGAUCAAGCACCGACGACCAGGAGGAGCUCUUGCCCUGCCGAUCGAUGGAGCACGGCGAGGGGAGGAGCGGCGGUCAUGAGGCGGCCCUGAGGGCGGUGCAGAGGGCGCCGGCCAAGCCGUGGCGCGGCGCCGGCGCGGGGGGCGCCCCGCCGCCGCCCAGGGUGUACCGGGUGGAGCCCCGGGACUUCCGGGAGCUCGUGCAGAGGCUCACCGGCGCCGGCACGGCCACGACGGGCGCGCCGGCCGUGGGCGCGAGGCAGACGCCGGCUCAUGCGGCCGCGGCGCACGGGCGCAGGGAGCCCGCCACCGUGGAGCAGUUCGACUACUCGUCGUGGUUCUCCGCGCCGCUGCUCAGCCCCGCGUCCAUGCCGGCCGGCAUGGACGGACACCAUGGCGCUCUGCUGUAGGAGAGAGUGGUACCACGGUCGCCGCUCGGCACUUGUAAAAUCCUGUAAAAUCGAGCUAAAUGCCACAGCUCCAUCGCUUCUUCCCUUCUCAUUAUUUUCUUUCAAGGGAGAUAACACAGGACAGUGCUUUCGCUCAUGUAACUGAGUAUAAUUCUUUAUCCAUAAUAAAUGAAUUAUUAGUUUGCUCUGCAAUUCUCUGUUUCUUUCAUGGGAUGACACAUGACAGUGUUUUAUUUGAUGUAAUUAAGUUCUCCCUCUAUCUCAAAA